AUGCACUGCCCGCUGCGUAGUGUCGUGUUGUUUGCCUCAGGAGUAUCAUUCUACUAUAUCUUUGGAGUUAUUCAAGGCUUUCGGAGUGGGAUAUUUACGGAGGGUUUUAGUAAAUCCCUUUUGCUCACUGGUUCCGGUAUCCCAUACUGUUGUGGCUUUUUAUCAGUUCUUUGUGGGCUUUUAUCUCCACGUCUUUACCGGCAUUUAGAAAUUUCCAGCGCUCGGGAAGCCGAAUGGAGUUCAAUUAUGCGCUGUGUUAUCUUCUUCAUGGGAGUUUGUCAUGCAUCCGCUAAACUUGAAAUCGUGUCCAUAUCGCAACUCUUUUUAACAAGCUUUUGUUUUUCAAUUGGCAUUUGGUGGAUCUUUGACCGUUCUAUUAGUGGAUUACUAAUGGGUUUUCUAAUGGGAGCUCUCGGAACUGGCAGCUGUCUAUGGCUUGGAGACAAAAAGAUCACAUCCAUCGAUCCACUUUUGACUUCCUGGCUACCCUGUGUUUUCUUCUCCGGAGGUAUCACGGCAUCAUUAGUCGGUCGACAGUUAGCUAAACGUGACACUUUUGGAAGUUCCAAGCUUAAAUCGGACUAA